AAAUUCCUUUCCAAAUCGAUAACGGAUGUCAUUCAGGUGAAGAAUUCGAAGAGGUAUUUGCUCCAAAGCAAACAUCUGGGGUGAAUUUGAAAGAAACGAUAAAUUCUAGUGACGUUUCUCAAGUUUCACAAUAUUAAAAACGUCAUCGUUUUGUAAGAUUAGCCCAAUAUCAAGGACAUGAAGUUAAAGCUCGGUCUUCUUCUUCAAGCUAAGGAAGGUCGUGAGAAAACAAAAAACACUCGGAAACUAUCUCAAUCUUUCUACAGUCUUCUUCCAGAAACCCACCAUCUUCCUUCGUAAUGUCAGAGAACCAGUCUGAAGAAGUCCAGCAAAUCGAGAAGCUCUAUGAGUUCAGUGAGCGUCUCAAUGCCUCCAAGGACAAGUCUCAGAAUGUUGAGGAUUAUGAGGGGAUUAUUAAGAUGUCCAAGACUAGUAUGAAGGCAAAGCAGCUUGCGUCGCAGCUAAUUCCUCGAUACUUCAAGUUCUUCCCUAGUCUCUCUACUGACGCUUUCGAUGCUCAUAUGGACUGCAUCGAUGAUGGAGAUCUUGGGGUACGUGUUCAAGCCAUCCGUGGACUCCCGCUGUUCUGUAAGGAUACGCCAGAUAUUAUAUCUAAGAUUGUUGAUGUUCUUGUUCAACUCUUGAAUACUGAGGAACCUGUGGAGCGUGAUGCUGUGCAUAAGGCUCUGAUGUCAUUGUUACGACAAGAUCCAAAAGCAUCUUCGACUGCCUUAUUUACACAUGCUGGGGUUACUCCAACUACUGAUGAUCAAAUUCGUGAAAAGGUCUUGAAUUUCAUCAGAGAUAAGGUGAUUCCUCUUAAAGGGGAACUCUUAAAGCCUCAAGAAGAGAUGGAAAGACAUAUAACAGAUUUGAUCAAACAGAGCCUAGAAGAUGUAACUGGAGGAGAGUUUAAAAUGUUUAUGGAUUUCCUGACAAGUUUGAGUAUAUUUGGAGGCAAAGCUCCUCAAGAAAGAAUGCAAGAACUUGUGGAAAUUAUUGAAGGACAGGCGGAUUUAAAUGCACAAUUUGAAUUUUCAGACACAGACCAUAUUGACAGGUUGAUAUCAUGCCUGCAACUGGCUCUUCCCUUUUUUGCGAGAGGUGCUCCAAGCAGCAGGUUUCUUAACUAUUUGAACAAACAUAUCAUACCUGUUUUUGACAAGCUCCCGGAGGAAAGGAAACUUGAUUUGCUCAAAGCUCUUGCUGAUAUUUCUCCAUACACAACUGCUCAGGAAGCAAGGCAGCUGCUUCCUUCCAUCGUUCAGCUUUUAAAGGUAUACAUGCCUGCCAGAAAGACUGGAGAGGAAAUGAACUUCACAUACGUUGAGUGUUUGUUGUAUGCGUUUCAUCACCUUGCCCACAAGGUUCCAAAUGCUACAAACAGCUUGUGUGGGUACAAGAUUGUGACCGGCCAGCCAUCAGACAGAUUAGGGGAGGACUUCUCAGAGUUGAACAAAGACUUCACUGAAAGAUUAACCAUCGUUGAGGAUCUAACUAAGGCAACGAUGAAGAAAUUAACUCAGGGAAUGACUGAGCACAACAAAGCCAUGUCGGCUGCUAAGACAGAUGAAGAGAAAGCGAGCAUUAAAACAAAAAGGCAGAAUACUACAACUGGACUUAGGACAUGUAAUAACAUAUUGGCGAUGACAAAGCCAUUGCAUGCAAAAGUGCCACCUUUUAUCGGAGACACUAAUCUCAACCUGUCUUGGAAAGAAGCCACAAAGCCGUUAGCCUCAACAACAACAACAACAAUCGGAGGAAAGCGGCCUGCUAAUAGCAACAAUGGAAGUGGUAACAAUGUUGCAGCAAAGAAGGGACGUAGUUCGGGUGCUAUGCAAAGCCAGCUUGUGAACAAGGCCUUUGAAGGAAUAUCAUCAUACGGUGCUGGUAGAGGCGGAAACCGAGGUUGGGGAAGACGUGGAGGUGGUCGAGGAAGAGGACAAGGAAGAGGUCACUGGUAAUAAUAAGUUUCCAUGAGAGGAUCCCAUGACUGUGUUUUCUGUUUUUUGGUUUUGGUACUUAGUAGAGUUUGGAGACUUCUCUUCUCAUAUCAGAAUAGAUCAUGUGUGUUUUUCUCUGUUCACGAUGGAUGGAGGAAUUUGAAUUAGAGUCUCUUGUACUUUCUUUUUUUCCUCAUCUAAUCAAAAGUAUCAAUGACCUUAAUUAUA